AUGGACAAGUCCCUCCUGCUGGGGCUCCCUGUCCUGCUCUGCUGCUUUCGAGUACUGUGCGGGUCAUUUGCAGUAGACCGAGAACAUGAAACACAGGGGAUGAACUAUCCGUUGAUGAUCGCCAUUUACCUGAGGUGGAUGGCCUCCCUUCACGGGUCUCCAGAAGGCCCUCGGGGCUCCCAGAGGACUUCAGAUUUGAAAGGGGAGAUGGGUCCUUUCAUAGCAAUGUUUUCACAUCUACGUCCCUGCUCUCUGGCCCAAAUUAUAGAAAUUAUUCAGUGUAGGACGUGCCACAUCCAGUUUCCAAGAGAGAAGUGUUCCAGAGGCAGAGGACUAUGUAUUGCAGUGAAAGAAGAGGCUUGCACAACUGGGAAGAUUUUCAAAAAUGAUGGCACUCUCUGGUUAACCUUCAGGGGUUGCCUAAAGAACUGCGCUAAUGUGAACAACAUAAAGUGGAGCGUCUACCUGGUGAACUUCAGGUGUUGCAGGAGCCAUGACUUGUGCAAUGAAGACAUCUAG